UUUCAUUGGGCAUUCCAGUUUCCUGUCAAACUUCCGGAAUAUGUUUUGACAUUUCGAAAGUACAGAAAAUAACGAGAAGGAAAAAAUAUAAAAGAAAAUGAGCUAUCCAUACCAAGGCAAUCCCGGCUAUGGGGCUCCCCCUGGUGGGUAUGGACCACCACAACCAGGCUACCCACAACAAGGAGCACCACAGCCAGGCUUCCCCCAACAAGGAGGGUAUGGACAGGUUUCCAUGCCAACAGUAGAGAGUGCAUCUGCAGCAGCUUAUGGCACUUCCUCUGGAGGAUAUCCAAGUCAGCCAGGUCAAAUUGGUUUUGAUGUUGGUGGACCUCCACCAGCAGCUGGAUAUGGACCACCUCCUGUUGCAUCAUAUGGAGCACCACAGCCCCCUCAACCAGCCAUGCCUUCAAGUUAUGGUCCUCCACAACCUCAGUAUCAGAGUUCUACACCAGCCUAUGGAUCUGCUCCAGGGUACAACCCUCCCCCUCAGGGUGGCUAUGGUCCCCCACAGCCACAAGGAGGAUUCAACCCACCUCCACAGCAACCAACACCUGGUUAUAACCAAGGUUAUCCACAGUCAGGACAGUCCUAUGGAGCCUCUGCCCCACCUCCUGCUGGAGGAUCAUAUGGUGCCCCACCUCCACAGCAGCAAGGAGGGUAUGGUGCACCCUCAUCACAACCUGGUAGCUAUGGUCAGCCAACAUCACAACCAGGUGGAUAUGGUCAACCAACUGGUCAGCCAACAUCACAACCAGGUGGAUAUGGUCAACCAACUGGUCAGCCACAGAGUUAUGGACAACAACAGCAACCUCCCUCACAGCAGUAUGCUUCACAACCACCUAGACCUUCACAGCCAGCUGGAGCAGCAAAUGCAUUUGUUCAGAAGACUGAAGGAACAUUGAAGCCUUCCAAAAACUUUAAUGCAGAAAAUGAUGCCAACAUUCUGAGGAAAGCCAUGAAGGGCUUUGGUACUGAUGAGAAAGCCAUCAUAGAUGUUUUAGCCUUCAGAUCAGGUGAACAGAGACAGCAAAUCAGAACCAUGUUUAAAACUAUGUUUGGAAAGGAUUUAAUCAAAGAACUGAAGAGUGAGUUAGGAGGUAAAUUUGAAGAUUGUGUUGUUGCUUUGAUGAUGCCAUGGGAUGAAUUUGAUGCUUAUGAGCUGAAACGAGCAAUGAAGGGUGUUGGAACAGAUGAAGAUGCCAUGAUUGAAAUUUUGUGUUCAAGGACAAACAAACAGAUACAGGAAAUUAUUGCUACAUACAAAAGAUUAUACAGUAGGAAGUUAGAAGAUGACAUCAUUAGUGAUACUUCAGGACAUUUCAAAAGACUUAUGGUUUCCAUGGCAUCUGGUGGAAGAAUGGAAAAUCAGACUGUUGAUCCGACUAAAGCCCAACAAGAUGCACAGAGAUUACUACAAGCAGGAGAGAAGAAACUUGGGACAGAUGAGUCAACAUUUAAUGCCAUCAUGGCUUCUCAGAGUUAUGAACAACUACGUGCUGUGUUUGAUGCUUAUCACAAAAUGGCCGGCAAAGACAUAGAACAAUCCAUUAAAAGUGAAAUGUCAGGCAACCUUGAAAUAGGAAUGUUAGCUAUAGUGAGAGUCGUCAAAAACAGACCAGCUUAUUUUGCUCAGAAGCUUUAUCACUCUAUGAAGGGACUUGGAACAGACGAUCGUACGUUGAUUCGUAUUGUUGUUACUCGAGCUGAAGUUGACAUGGUGCAAAUCAAACAAGAGUUCCAAAGACUCUAUGGCAAAUCUUUAGAUACAUUUAUUAGGGAGGACACAUCAGGUGACUAUAAGAAGGUACUGAUGGCUCUGGUAGCUCAGGGAGGAUACUGAUCAACAGACCGUGACAUUUCUACUUUAUAGUCGUCCUCUCAUUCUACACCAGCAUUUGUAAUUUACAGUUUUUGGCAGCAUUUCUUUACUUGAUUUUUGUGGGGGAAAAAACAUGUAUAAAUAUAAUCUGUUUGAACACUUUUCAAUUUUAUGUGUAUUAGAUUCUAUGGUUUUAUUCUUAGAAAUUUGAUGGUUUUCCUUUCAUAACUUUUUAUGGAUUGUAAAAUUACGGCAGGAGGGAACGGGGUUUAUUUGUAUCAUUAUACAACAUCAACAAGAACCUUUAUAUGCAAAUGUGCAUAAUAUAACCAAAUGGUUUUCUUGUAUCAAGAUUGUUCCUGUAGUCUCAUCAUCCUUUAUAAACUAAUUGUACUGCAAGAGUUAUCUCCCAUUGACAUAGUUUGAUGACAUUUUAUUAACAGUACUAGUCAGUAUGUUUUUAUGUGGUAUACUUUUUUCAUAGAUAUAAACAAAUUAAGUUCCAUGCUUAGGAAGAGAAAUUUUAAAAACAAAUGCAUAAUGUUUCUCAAAUAAAAUAAUAAAGUAUAUUCUAGUGCUUAGUGUAUGUGAUGACAGAAUAGUUUCUAAAUGGUGUAAAGUGUUGCAAUGUUUACAUGUUGAACCUUUGACUCAAAAUUUUGUCUUUCUCAUUUUUACAUGAAUAAGAAAAGUUCUUGCAAUUUGUUUUGAUCUUUGUAGUUCAUUCAUUAAAAUGUUAUAUACUUGAACCAUUGAUUCCAAUCUCAUAGUUCAAAGUAUUGAAAAUUUGAUCAAUAAGUUUUCAAAUGGAUUUAUUUGUGAAAUAAUUAUUUUGGCAGUAAAAUCAAAGGUGAAGUGUCCUAAACAAUUUUUCCCUUUAACAUGCUGCACCCUUCUGAUUUGUUCUCCCCCUUGGUCAUUUGGACGUCUGCUACUGCCUGCAUUUUCCUGUGAAAUAACAGGUUAAAACUUUGGGAGUGAAAUGAGAUGAAAAUCUAUGCCAAUAAUGUUGUUAAAGAUGAGUUUUUGUGCAUGUUAUAAAAGUUUUUUGUUAAUUUGUGUGUUAAAAGUGCUUAAUUUAUGUGUAUUAAUCCUCUAGUAGAUAUGUUGUAGUGGUAAUUAUGCUUCAACUUACACUUUCUUAUCAACAUUAUCUUUUUACAAUGUUUUGUAUUUACAUUGAUUUUUUUCUUUAAUUUAGGAAUGCUGAACUUAACUUUAAUAUAACUAAUUUAUAUUUUAUGAAUCUUAUCUUUUUAAAUGUCAUAUACAACAUUUAUAUUUAACCUUACCACAGUAAGAGCAUAAUAAUUCCUGAUUAGUAAUAAAUAUUAAAAGGAGAAUAAUUUUGUGAUGUAGUGGUACUAUACAUAUUAAGAAAGAUGCAGGGAAACUAUUUUCUAAGCUUUUAUUUAGAUAUAAAAUUAUUUAAUAAAAAAAUUCUAGAGCUGUUACAAAAUCUCUAUUGUUCCUUUUUCCUAUUUGACAUUUUCGAAUUUCUAAAUUUAUUACCUCCCUUAUAUUCCAAUAUUGUUUUGACUGUUGUUCACUGGAGAUGUGGUAAUAGAUUAGAAUAAUUUAAGUUGUGUUUAUUUGAAGUUACAAAUAUGAAUAAUUAUCUCCCUUGAUCAAACUAUUGAUUUGCUAGAUGUUGUUAUUAAAUGAAAUAUGCCCCCUAAUUUAAAUAUUUGUGUUCAUUAGAAAUCAUGGUUUCCUUUAUAUAGAUGUAUUUGUUACUGCUAUAUUAUUUAAAUACUUCAAAUUUUAUAUUAAAUAAAUAUUUCAAAAGUUGAA